GUGUUUAUCUUCUGGUCUUUGGAGGAUCUACAGGCUUCGUGCUGCAACUCCUGGGUCUUCCUUGGGGAUCGCAAGUCCCUGAUGACGCCAGUCUCUAUGGCGAGACCGACCAAUCGGGAAUCUUCUACCACGCUGGGAACAAGGUGCGAAGCUACGUGCUCAAACCCCUGCUGGUUGGCAAACACCCGCAUUGCGAAGCGGGGCUCGCGGCGCAGAACAUCACUGUAGACGUCAUCCGCACAGCUAUGGAGCGUGAAUCGAGCAACUACUUCGGAGAUCGCAAGCGUACCUCCAUGACUGGGCUCGCGAAUGGCGCUGUCGAGCGAUACCAUUCUGUCUCCAUGUUCGGCACCAUGGACCCCGCGCACGUGGAGGAGGUUGAGGAUGCCAUGUGCGGCUCCAGUGCAG